CUGGCCCGAAGAGGCGCAUCUCUAGGCAGAGGGAGGAGGCGGGGAGGAGCCGCCCCCGCCGCGCCGAUGCAUCUUUCCCGGACGACGAUCGCGUCCAGCCUUUCGUAGCUGCUGCUGAGGAGGGAUGAGGUCACCCACACGUCCGCAUCCCUGAAAGUCGUCGUCGGAGCUCCGCGGGUUAAAUGAUUCUCAGAAGUUCCCAAUUGGGACAAUAAGGAUCAUUUUGCAAAAAAGUUGCAAAGAAGCAGACCAAGUUCGUAGGAAAAGAUGGCAAAUUUUAAAGGUCAUGCACUUCCUGGGAGUUUCUUCCUUAUCUUUGGCCUGUGGUGGUCUGUGAAAUAUCCACUGAAGUACCUCUGCCGAAGGAAAAAGAACUCUUCCAUUGGUUCCAAGGCAGGAUUUCAUCGCUUAGAAAUAGCAGAAGGCAUAGCCAAAGCCUCCUUUGCCCUUAUUGGUAUGAUCGCCGAGCAGUUUGUUCCUGAUGGGCCACAUCUGAAGUUGUAUAAUUAUGAAGAGAAACAAUGGGAUCACCUAAUGAACUGGCAGCAUGCAACCAUGUAUCUUUUCUAUGGCAUCUCAGGGCUGGUAGACAUUGUGGUGCACAGCACUAAUGUAUUACCAGUAGCCUUGGACAGGUUGAUGCUUUCAAUUGCUGUUUUUGUGGAAGGUUUUCUCUUUUAUUUCCACAUCCACGGCCGAGCUAUGUUAGAUUUCCAUGUUCAUCAGUUACUUGUAGUCGCCGUCUUUGGAGGAGCUGCUUGCAUCUUCUUGGAGGUCUUCUUCCGUGGCGUCAUUGUCCUUGAGAUGUUCCGAACAAGUCUUUGUAUACUGCAGGGGAGCUGGUUCUGGCAGAUUGGAUUUGUACUUUAUCCUCCAAGUGGGGGUCCAGAAUGGGACCAAACGGACCACAGUAAUAUCAUGUUCAUCACCAUGUGCUAUUGCUGGCAUUAUGCAUUUGCACUUCUAAUAAUGGCUUUGAAUUACACUGUAAUCAGCUGGAUAGUUCGCACAAAACUAAAACAAGCUCCAUCCAUGGAAAUUGGAUUAUUGAAAACAUCUGAGCGAGACCAGGAAUCAGAAGAUGAGAUCUAAUUCAGCACAAAUGUUUUCUUAAGGUUUAGCACCUAUUCUUUCCACUUCUGAAUUGUAAUGGCAUUUUUAUCACAUCGUUAAGACUCUGCAUUAAUUUAUGAAACUUCCAUUAGUGCAUCAUUUAUCCUUUGCUUGAAGUAGAAAGAGAAUGUUUUGCUAAUGAGUAGGCUGGGGUGACAUUGCCAUGUGCAAUUCAAUCCAGACCAUUAUUAUGGGGCUAUUCUUUCAUUGCUCUUGGGUAAACUGGGAGAUUUCCACACGUGGCAAUCGAAUGCAACCCUGCCGUUGCAUAAAACUGAUUGUAUACACCUUAAAACCAAUCCAGUGAUAAAGUGUGCAUAUCUGUUUUUAACUAUAAAUAAUAAUUUGUUGUCUGGUUUCCAAAGGGUAUAUUGCAAAUUUAUAUUUUUUCAAAGUUAUUGCUUUGUUUAUUAUUAUUUAUUAUCAAGUACAAUCUAAUUGCAUUAAAGGAAAUACAAAUCUAGUGCAAAAAAAAA